AUGGGAGAGGGCUUUGAGUAUAUUACAGCUUUCAUUUGGACUUCAAAUGCAUGUAAUGUGGACAUUCUAAACAUCCUGCCGGACUCGGCGUUCAGCGGAUCCACAGAAAAGACAAGCGCCGCUAACAUAAAAUCCAGUAAACCUGGACAUUGGAGUCCAUCGGCUAAUGAUAGCAAUUCCUUUGUACAGGCAACAUUUUCAACAUCUCACAAAUUUGUUUCUCUGACACUCACCGGAAGCACAAUUUCCUAUGACGUAUUGUCAAGCUUUGAUGGAGUUAUCUGGGAUAAGCAGAGUUCGACCUCAAGUGCCUACACUUUAACACCUACUUUGUAUGGGUCUUAUUUCCGGAUUGUUCCAACUGCAUGCGCAGGAGAAUGCACAGUAAAAGUUGAUCUUCGAGGUUGUGACUGCAUAGCAGAUGUCAGCGUACAAAGUGGUAACGUCACCUACUUGGAGCCAUCAUCGCUUUCUGAAAACUUUGUCUACUUAUCCCGCAACACCACACAAGAGGUUAGUUUUAUAGUUCAAAGUUCAGGUACUGACCUGUCAAUCGUAGCCUACCUUGAUACCAACAGUACCGUGUCAUCGACCUUAACCACUGCCACAGCGGCAAAAGUGACACUUGAUUCCUCAAAGUUUCCGGCGCUAGGUACAUACCUGCUGCGAACGGAAGUUCAGCCAUGUAAAGGAACUGGGCGAAAUAAAGACUUGAUUGUCUAUCACGAAGAAAUGAUAGCAGGUUUGGAUGUACGCACAGCCUACGGGUCAUUCAUACCUUUGCACGAAUUAGCUGAGUUUUUCGUGUCCCUUACCUCUGGAACAAAUGUUGAAAUGGAAUGGAUGAUCGACCAUAAUAUUACGACAUGCAUAGAAAUCCACAGCGGAGAAGUUAGGAAUGUCAUAAAAACAUUUGAAUUUUCUGAAAUGAAGAUGUACAACAUCACAGUUUUUGCUAGAAAUGGUGUGACAGCGAAGUACAAAACUAUAAGUGUCAUGGGAAUUCGGCGUCCUUCUAACUUUCUAGUUGAGACUACACCAGGAUUGUAUCAAACGAGGGAACCGUUUAAUGUUACUGUAUCAAACAACCUUACCCAUGCCGAAGUCAUAUCCAUGGGAAACUUGUAUUUAGAAGUUCUGUAUGGAAACGGACAGAAUGAUACAAUUUAUCUGAAUCCAUAUUUCCAAGAUAUAACAGGCUUUAAUAAAAGCACAAGUGGAAAGACAUUUAUUUGUCAAUACCUUAUUCAAGGCAAUUAUACUCUGUCAGCAAAAGUGAGGAAUAACGUUGGAUUUGAGGAAUUUAACUUCACAUUUUAUGCAUGGGACGAGCUGAAUAUGACGCUGAAUUCUUCAUCAUUGCAAACCAUUGGGGUUCCUACUGUCUUCACGUUCUUGAAUCCACCAAACUCCGGAUUUAGAUAUACAAUUUCCUACGGGAAUGGAAAUGAGACAACAACUAAUGAUACGAUUUACUACAGUGAUUAUAAUGUUCCUUCCUGGACGUUUAGUUACACGUCUCCGGCAGUGUACACCGUAAUAAUGACAGCCUGGAACCCCUUUCAUGCCGUCGUUCAGACAUACAACAUUACUGCUCAGCACCCAAUUCCAGCUAUGAAAAUGAAUCCGACCGGAGGGGAUUUCCCAAAGGACGAUGGUCUGGCUAUCUUCAACAUUACAAUGACAGAAAAUAAACCAUCACCUACCGAUGUCGAAUGUAAUUUUGACUUCGAAGAUGAAGUAUAUUCAAACCCAACCACCUUUGUGUAUGGCAUACCUGUGACAAAAACACAUAUAUACACUUUCAAUGGUUUUUUCUUUACGCCAAAGUCAAAAACGGUGAUCUUUGAAUGCUGGAAUCUAGUUAGCUCAUGGAGAGGUGAGGCUACAGUUACUAUUAGGAAUUUUGAUAUUAAGGACGUAAUCGUUAACCAUCCGCCAGAAGUUGGAAUGAAUAUGACUUUGAAAGGCAAUGCUACGGAAUUGUUGCCAUUUGGGGAAAUUGGGAGCAUUCCAGUGGUCGUUACAUUUCGCGCUCAGUUAUACCAAAUGAAUUACGUUCCACCAAGAGUAAAAUUUGUAUGGAAGUUUGGUGAUGAAAUUGAUGAAAGUUCCUCACUUGAACUCAAUGAGCCAACAUUUGAUUGUCCACACGAAUAUAAAGACAGGGGCAUCUAUGAAGGAUCACUUACAGUGAUUUAUGGUUCUGAUGAAGUAACAAUUCCAUUUUCCAUUAAAAUGGGUGUGGCAAAUUUUUCAGCCAAUGUUUAUGAAGGUAGUCCAACAAAAGACACAAUUACUUUCACCGCAAAAGAUUUAUUGGGAUCAGCUACCUAUGCAGUUGAUUUGAUUAUAGCACAGCGAACAUUAACAGCUACUUCUGGAAAUCCUGUGUCUACUUCUAUAAUCUACCCACAUCGAGGGCAAUAUCUGCCGACCGCAAUCGCACGAAAUGGGACACUAACUGAGAUACUUUAUUUGCCGUAUCAUGUUGGAAUUGACUAUGUUUUUGAGGGGAUAAAUAUGACUGUCCCUUCAGAGCUGGAAUUACCACCGGGAAAAGCGGUCUUUAUUUUUGGAGUCCCAAACGGUGCUGAUCCGGUAUUGGACAUAAGGUGUGAAUUUAUUUCCGGUGAUCGAAUUGACAAGGCUAUUCAUUCAAGGACAAAAAAUCUCACAGAUGGCAAUCCAAUUAUUUAUGACUAUCAGUAUCUCACUCUAGGAUUUCAUCCAUUUCAACUUCUCUGUAAGAACUUUGCUCAUACUUACGAGAAUUCUACAAUCAUUCUCGUUCAUAACGAAUGUUUCUCCAUUAAUGGUAUUUUUGAUCGACAGUAUUCAAAUCGAACUACGCCAAUGAUUGUUUUGACAUCUAAAGACAUCGAUCUUGCUAGCCGAAUGUUAGUGUAUUGUCCGGAAAGGGGACCAGAUUACCGAUGGACGUUUUAUAAUGUAACAGGCCAGGACGAAGAUGUGUAUCAUUACACCCCAGUAGUCAAACCAACAGGGUCUAUCCGAUUUGCGAAGGGCACUGUGCCCGCUGGUCUGUAUAAAGUCAGCCUGAAUGUUACUUUGGAUGGAACCUGGAUGCAGGAAUACACUUUUUUGAAAUUUGAAAAACCAAAACCAUAUGCAUAUAUCGUACGUGGAUCUAAGUACGUUGCAUCUAAGUGGUCAGGAGAGAUAGAACUGGAUGCUCUGACGGAAUCAUAUGACGUUCAGCUUGGCUACGGUUUCAACUCAGAACUCACUUUCAGUUGGUAUUGCAACAAAGAGUCAUCGACAGAUAUAGUGUACUUGGACGAACUAUUUCUAAGCAACGGAGGCCGAAACUAUUACACGACAUAUGGUCCGGGCCUUGCCAGUGAUUGCAGAAGUGUGUUUUCGGAAAUAUAUCAUGAUGGCUCAACCUCUUCAAAUGUUACUUCAACCGGAAACAACUCAGACACGGGAGGUUUAUUGGGUGCCGGAAAACAAAAAAUAACCUUGAGUGACGCAGAUGUCGGUUACGUCAUCACUGUAGCGGUAGCAAAGGAUGAAUUGACGUCAUAUUUUACACAGCUUGUACAGAUUGUUGCCAACGAUCCCCAUGAUAUCAGCAUUGCGUGUUCAAUAAAUUGUCUGGAGAAGUAUGCCGUGACGUCGCCAUUAAGUGUUACUGCCGUCUGCAACGACUGUGGGCCAGACACCAUAUUGAAGUAUGAAUGGCGCCUCCAACAUUACAAAAACAGGACUUAUGAGGAUAUUCCCUCGUUGAUUAAUAUGACAAGUACAUCCGUCUCGGAGGCAUCAAUCACUUUGAAGGCGAAUCAGCUGGUCCCUGGGGAAAAGUAUGCCCUGAGUGUGAACGUUACCUCCAACGAGAAGGAUCCGACUCUUGCCGUAUGGGAUAUCAUCGUCAACUAUCCUCCCUAUAAUGGGACGUGCUAUUCAACGCCCAAAACAGGAAAUGCAUCCACGAGCUCGUUUUCGGUCAAUUGUGAGGACUGGCGAGACGAGGGCAUCUAUCCUGAUCGAAGUGAAACACGCGACCCUACCUUAAACGAGCCAUUAGUUUAUGAGUAUGUGGCAUAUAUCCCAGAAACAGAUGGAAAAAGCACGUAUUAUAGUGGAGCCGUCCCAUUGUUCAGAGGAAGCGAGAGCACAGCUACAGAACUGCCUUUGCCAGUCGGCAGUGAGACAUUAGACUUCAAAAUAGAGAUUGAAGUUCGAAUAUAUGAUAGAUAUGGCGAUUUUGCCGUCUUUCAUCAUCCCGAUACAGAAGUCAAGGUAGUACCAGACGCGAGCUUGGUUCCAGCUGAUCUUCAGGAUACGGGGCCCCUGGAUUCGCUGUUUGGUUUAUUUGACCGAAACUACACGAUAACAGAAGCCGGAGGAAAUAGUAUGGCGGUGGUGAGGCUUGUUCAAUCUACCGCCUCAAUUUAUUUGUCUGCUCGCUUACAGCCGAAUGGAACUGUCACUAGUACGAGUGACUUGUUUUCUGGAGUGGUGGGACAAAACCAUGUAAUCGAGGACGUACCCAUUGAACCGGCCCAGGAAAAACUGAUUCAGAGAACAAGGCAAUUUACAGAAAUUCUUUUGAAUGCGACAACGCAAACUCCAGCAACUAGUGACAGUCCGAUGAGUGCAGCAAAUGCUCGCCAGGUGGCGCGAAGUCUUGCUGCCUGUGUUUCUAAUCCAAUGAUUGUGGAUGAUGUUUCUGUGGAGACUGCAGCUGAAGGAACUAGAGUCUUGAUGGACAAUAUUCGCCAAGUGUCUUUUAACAACCCAUUUCCAGUAGAGGAAAUACAAAACAUACAAGAUUCUGCUUCUGGUGUACUCGAGGCAUUAAGCAACCUUGUAGAUAUCAUGGUUCCCAGUGAGGUAUCAGAUCUGGAAAAAGAACCCACCCUCUCAGAUGUCAUGUCUGAAAUCAAUGACGCUGAGUUUUUUAGCGACGGAAAUACAAAUUUAGCAAACAUGACAACAGAGGAAAAGAAUUCACUCGCCGAGUCACUUUUGAGUCUGAAAAGGAAACACAGAGAAAAUCAACAAAAGAAAUCUCAAACGGCAAAAAAUGCAGGAGGAAAGAUGUCAUCAGCCAUCCAAAAUUCACUCAAAGCGAAAUCCAAAAUUGUCCAGGUAGGAACUGGUACAGACACAAUCACCACUGAUCAAUUACAAAUGUCGAUCCAAAAAGACAAGAGAGAAGAUCUGAUAGGUAAAACACUACAGAGACGUGAUACUGGAUUAGAACUUGAUAAUGAGGUGCUCAACAGCUCACAGGCAAAGGCUGUAGAAGUAUGGAUGACAGAAUAUAGGAAAAACCCUUACUUCUAUGCUUCUGGUUCUGACACAGUUAGAUCAUCAUUGGUUUCAAUCCAAACUAGAGAUGAAACGGAACAGGAAAUAGACAUUCCAAAGAAUAUUAAAUUCCACAACAAUGGAACAGUGUAUGCAAAGUCUUUCUUUUUUACAAACAUAUCUGAUGGCGAGGAUCCCAUGUUUUACUUCAUCACAAACCUCGACGGACCGGAUGCAGCAAUAGUGUAUGUCAAACCUGAUGUAUAUGAUCAAUCUGGUCUUGGCGAUCAGACUUUAUAUACUGCUUUUGGACGCAUGGAUACAUAUCCAGAAAGUAAUUUGUACGAUUAUAAAACAGAUGUUAAAGCUUCAAAUUGGGAGAAACCCUUUGGUUUCAAAAUCUUUCUUCCGGAUAAAAUAUUUCGAAAAGGGAAAUUAUACAUUGGAUUAAAACCUAGAAAAGUAAUUGACGAGUCUCAAAAUACCCGAAGAAGAAAGCGAGCUGCAGUUAACAGCACCUCGCCCUCAUUUGACCCCAUAGAGUCUAAUUUCAGCAUAGCUUUAGCGACAUCAGGGUGUAGAACAUAUGAUGAGGCAUCAAACCUCUGGGUGGAUAACGGCUGUAAAGUUCUGGAUAUCUCGACCUUUAAUGAGACAGUAUGUCGAUGUUCAGAUCCUCCAGGGACUAUGUUUGCAACAACUUUUUAUGUACCACCAAACAAAAUCGACUUCCACGCAGUUUGGGGUAAAUUCGACCCCGAGAAUGCAGCUGUUUAUGGCACUAUCGCUGCCUUACUUGUAAUUUAUUUUAUAGCGUUAUUGUAUUUGAGACGAAAGGACAAACAGGAUGUUACCAAGUGGGGAACGCAUUUCUUGGUGGACAGCGAGAAUACAGACGCGUACUUUUACUUAAUCACAGUUCAAACAGGACUCCGACGUGACGGCGGCACAAAGUCCAACGUUAACUUUAUUAUAGGGGGAGAAGACGGUGAUUCCGGAGUCCGGAUCCUUAGUGAUGGGUACACUCAAGGGUUUCAAACUGGAAGCUUACGAACAUUUUUAAUGGGUACAAAAUUUUGUUUGGGUGAUCUGACGUAUUUUCGAGUCUGGCAUGAUAAUUCUGGGACCGGAAACGAGAGGUCUUGGUUCUUAGAUAAGAUACUUGUAGACGAUCUGCAGAAUGGAAAAAGAUACGUAUUUUUGUGUGAUAAAUGGUUAGCCGUCGAGCAGGAUGACGGGAUGGUGGAACGAAUUCUCCCGCUGACUUCAAAUCAAACGCUGACUUCCUACGAUCAGCUGAUAUCUGAGCAUGCGCGAUUUAACGCAACUGAAAACCAUUUAUGGUUGUCUAUGAUUAUACGUCCUCAACGAAGCAACUUUACGCGAGUUCAGAGACUUACAUGCGCUUAUGCAUUACUUUUUCUCACAAUGAUUACAAGUUGCAUGUUCUUCAAAACAGAUGAUGAAGUUCGACCCAACCAAGUAUCGAUUGGAAUAAUCAAGUUUUCUCUAACAACAUUUUAUAUAUCGUUUAUAAGUAUUCUCAUCGCUACGGUGCCAAUUUUCAUAGUCACUUUUAUAUUCAAAAAGUCAAGAGCCAAAGAUACGGUCACAAACCUGUCAAAUUUGAAAAAGGAGAAAGACAAGAAAGAAUUUAAUGACAGGAAAGGAAAAUCUCUGGAUGAUGAAUAUUAUAACCAAGAGGGAGAGAGUAUCAACUUCUUCAAGGAUGAAAAAUUACCGUUGCCUCAUGGCAUGGUUUAUGUUGGUUGGGCUAUUCUUAUCCUUGCAAUUGUCACUUCUGCGUUUUUUGUAAUCUUAUACAGUAUGGAAUUUGGAAAAACCAAAUCGGAAGAAUGGCUUUCAACGUUCGUCUUCGCUUUCUUCGAAUCGCUGUUUGUCUUGGAUCCAAUAAACGUGAUCGUUAUGGCGAUUCUAGUAGCCAUAUUGUUUAAGAAACCCGUCGACGGAAAAUGCCCAAACGUUGAUCUGGACGUUAUCAAAACUGCUGCUGAGAGAAAACAGCAGAAUUCUUCUAGAAUUUAUUUAACAUUCCGAAAUGAAGUACUGUCCAGCAAUGGUCCACCGGAUGAAACUGUCCUAGAUUCACAGCGGAAGUUACGUCAGAAUGAAGUGGCAGCUCAGGCAGUUUUUAGGAGACUCGUGAUUUACGCCGUCUUUGUGUUCAUUGUCUUCAGCAUUGGUUACAUAAACAGAGAUGCACGAUCAUACAACCUCAGGAGAAGUAUAGACAGUCAGAUCUACCACUCUACCAAAGGAACUUACGGCUUUGAAAGUAUAAAUAGCGCCAGAACGUUUAUACAAUGGUUACGUCACACACUGCUACCUCGUUUGUUCCCAACCUCGGAUAUUCGUGGUCAGUCUAUUUCUGUCCUGGACAAACAGUUCUUCUCAGAUUUCAGCCAAGUACGAGUUGGACCAGCCCUUUUACGACAAAAUAGAAUGAGAGAAUCAAGUUGCAGUUUCGUGGUUGAUUCACACCAUCGAUGUAUUGAUGCCUACGACUUUGACAAUGAAGAUAUUGAUGAUUAUUGCGUGGGAUGGAUACCUACAAAUGGUUCCUGUGGUAGCUCUUUGACAGACAGAGCUUGGAAACACACGUCAUCUAACGAAGUCUGGGGAAUGCCAUUCGAGGGAUUAAGAAGCACAUACGCUGGAGGGGGGUAUAUGAUCCAGUUUGAAAAAGACAUUGUUGCAUCUCAUAAUAUCAUAAACGAACUUGAGCAAAAUCUUUGGAUCGACAGACGAACUCGAUCAGUGUUUUUGGAAUUUACUCUGUAUAAUCCAAAUGUGAAUCUCUUCUUCAACGGAAUUUAUCUGGUUGAGUUUCCUGAAUCAGCUGGUGUCGUCACGUGGGUCAAUCUUCAGGUUUUCAGACCAUUCCAGGCUCUAGGCGCUAUCGGGACUUACGCUCUGUUGUGCUAUUUCAUUUAUGUUAUCUCCUUGCUGAUUUCAACUGGUCGAAUAAUAUAUCGAUUAUCGAAAAAGCGAAGUAAUUUUUUUAAGGAUACAUGGAACAUUGUUGAUCUCCUGUCUACCUUUCUAGGGGUGAUAGGAAUCGUCUUCUGGGCAGUGCGCUAUGUCUAUGCAAACAAAGCAUUGGAUAAAUACUACGACAACAAACUUGAUUUUAUUCAGUUUCAACAUAUUGCAUUCUGGGAUAAUGCUUUUGUUGUCGUAAUUGGAAUUUUAAUUUUCAUCGCAACGAUCCGGAUUCUUCAGAUUUUAGGAUACAAUCGAAGAAUGACACAGUUGAUUGCUGUAAUUUCCGGCGCAUCGAAAGACUUAUCGGGUUUUGCCAUCGUGUUUGGCAUCAUCUAUUUUGCAUACGUAGUGGCGGGGUAUCUUCUUUUUGGGAAAGUGUCUGCCUCCUAUAGAUCGUUAUUUGUUUCGUUUGGAAGCCUGCUUAAUUCUAUAAUUGGCAAAAAUCAUCUUGAUAUAUUGCGCGGUGCGGGGGUGUCUCUCGGAGAAGUGUACUAUUUUACUUACAUACUUAUCGUUAUUUUGGUACUUAUCUCUAUGUUUGCGGUUAUUCUAAACAUAAGUAUAACAGUAGUGAAACAAGAAAUACAAGAGGGAGAAAGUAUCUACGGCCUCACGAACGUCGUCAGCGAUUCCGUCAAAAACAUCAUUGGAAUGUUUAUGAACAUUGGUGGCAAAAGUAAAUCCACAGCCUCCGAGGGUAAUGAAUCAGUGCGCAAGUACGAACUCUUGCAAUCCAGAAAGCCAGAUUUCGACCCUCCAAAUAUCGUCAAUCUUCUCCAAGACAUAUUUCUGCAAUAUGGGAAAGAUGGAUUUAACUACAUGGAAAAAACUCCGGAGCCUUUUGAGCGCCCUGUCACACAGACGGAGUUGACAAUACAACUUGAUGAGAAUAAUGAUGAAAACAACGAUGAUAACAACGAAGACGUUUUAAAGAGUGUCAAUGAGGAUGAAGAUCUGACGAUCGAUGACCGAUACACCAAAAAAGUGCAAGGAUUUUCUGGAUACCUUUGAUUGAAAAAAAAAUGGAAUGAUUGAAUGAUAAAAGGAACUUUAUUAGCAGUAUUAUAUUACCAGAGUGAUGAAUUUAUCAAAAAUAGUUUUGAAAUAAAUCAUAUUUUUAUUUAAUUGAAUGUUUAUGUCCACUUCUCGAAGAUUUGCCAAGAUAU